AUGUCGCAGCAGAGGUCACUGUUUGUCUGUCUGAAAAGCAGAGAACCACGUGGAAGGGACCUGAAGAGGAACAAAAAGAACAGCCCCGCCUUCGAAAGAGAAGCUCCUGUCUGCUCCUCCCUUUACAUCCUCCAGUCUCCUUCCUCCAUACAAACACACACACUCCCCUCCACCUCCUCCUCUCCUUUAUUAGCUCCCACGGCCUCACAGCAGCCUCACUUAUCAUUUCCACUCAGAGCGUCCACCCUCCCUCCCGCAAUGGAUCUUCACAUCCCGGCACACUCCCGCCUCAUGGCCCAGGAGAAACAACAGAUGCUGGAACUCAACCGCCGCUUGCAGAGUUACCUGGGACGGGUCAAGCUCCUGGAGGAGGAGAACUCACAGCUAGCCCAGGAGAUCAAAGCCCUGCGACAUGGACACCACGGUGGAGCCGUGAAAGAGAGGAACUUGAAGAUAGAUCUCCAUCGGGCUAGAGAGGAGCUGGAAGAAGUCUGGAGACAGAGGGCCUACGCUCAGAUGGAGGUCUGCAAGCUGAACGAGGAGAUGGAGAUAGUGAAGUGGCACUGGCAGAAGGAGGUCCGGGCUCGAGAGGAGAUUGGGUCGAAGAUGGAGCUGAGCAGGAAGGAGCUGGAAGAGGAGCUCGGCGCUCAUAUGUGGCUCAGGGACAGGAUCAACCAGCUAGAACAAGAAAUGGACCACCUGCUUCACACCCACGAGCAGGACGUGGCCCACCUGAAUGCCACUCUGAUCCAAUCUGCGCCACCUUGCUUUACCCCGAUGCCCGACCUGCAUCAGCUGGAGCAGGAGCUUAGCCAGCGGGCCUCCAUGGCCUGGCAGGAGACGGCAGAAGCCUACCAGGCCCAGCUGGACCAACUCCAAGAGAGUCUGAAGGAAACAACAACCCGUUUGGACCAGACAGAGCGUCACAAGAACGAGUACACAGUCCAGCUGAACGCCCUGGAGAGAGAGCGGAUCUGUGAAGUGGACGUUAGGAGGCAACUGGAGGAGACCGCGGAGCAACAAAGGGAAGAACACAGGCAGCAUGUGCAUGCACUUCAGGAGCACCUGGAUGACCUGGAGAAUGAGAAGCAGCAUCUAGGUCAGAAGUUGGAGCUUCUCCUGCAGGAGAACCGAGGUUUGCUUCAGCAGAAGAUGUCAAUGGGCCUGGAGGUAGUCACCUACAGAGCUCUGCUGGACAGUGAGAGCCUGCGGCGGAACGACGUCGCUCUAAUGAAAGACUCCAGAAAUAUUUCCUUUAAAGACAUGUCAGUGAAGCCUUUACGAGGGAAUUACCAGCGACCCGCUCGCCGUGAGAACGCCACGUCAGUCUGGAGACCACAGACUACUUCUACGACACCUUUGAGGAGCAAGUUCAUAACCGUCAACCAAGUUCAGAGAGAUGAAGUUAAAACAACGAAUGUGGACAAACAACCUUAUCCUAAAAUAGUACAAAAUGGAGCUGUUGAGGAGUUCCGAGCGCAAGAAGUGGAUGAGAAAGUGACAUACGCAGAACCUUUGUCUUCUCCAAGUCAGGAGGAACCUGAAGAACGUCCUGCUGAAGUUGUUGAAGAGGAAAAUAGUGGGAAAAGUGUGGAAACAGUAGUCCAUUCAGGAGCUCCACCAAGUGAAGAACUAGGGUCAUUGAUCAUAGAAAGCAAGAAUAAGAUAAAUCAGAGCCAAUCAAGCACCCAGGAACCAAAAUUAGAACUUCUGGGAAUCAGGGAAGAAAACUUUGGUUCUUCAGAUGGGUUUGAUCAAGAGUUGCCAAGUGUUCCAGUUGAGGAAAAAGCAGUGGUUGACUUUCAACUAAGAUUAGGAGCUCCAAAAAGUGAAGAUCUAGGGUCACUUAUCAUAGAAGACAAAAAUGAGAUAAAUCAGAGCAAAUUGGGCACCCAGGAACCAAAAUCAGAACUUCUAGGAAUCACAGAAGAUAUAGUCAGUUCCUCAGUUGACUGGGAUCAAGAAUCAUCAGGUGUUCCAGUGGAGAAAAAAGCAGAGUUUGACCUUCAACUACAGUUUGGAGCACCUCCACUCAUGAAGGACAUUGCUCAAUCCCAAUCUGGCCUGCAAGAACUGACAUCAGACCUUCCAAAUACGAGCGAAGAAACCUUCAGUUCCUCUGCUGGGUAUGAUCAAGAACAGUCGCCAAGUGUUCUGGUGGCGCAAAAAGCAGCUGUCAACUUUCAACUACAGUCAGAAGCUCCGCCACCGAUUACGGAGACCGAUCGGCAACCAUUGGGCACCCAGGAACCAAAACCUGAAUUCAUGGAGACUUUCAUUAACACGACAAGUAUUCCGAGUGAGGCGUGGCUGGAGAAUGACAUGCAGGAGGAAAUGUCAAGUUCUGGAACAGAAGCAUUACUGGAAGCCACCCCAGAAUCCAGAACCGGCAGUUCGUCUUCCCAGUGUGAUGUGACUGAGAUCGGGCAGGAAAUAAACUACUCCACUUUGGGAACGACCAUGACGGAAGCAGUGGAUGUCUUGUAUCCGGAUGGUGAAGAGAUGGACACAUGGGACAGCGUGAUAGAAAAGAAAGUCCAAGUUGAGUCCAGUGAACCUCAAAUAGAAGUGGAAAGACAAUACGCGGAACCAGAGGAGGACAUCUCAACAAGAAGGUCUGAAAUGAGUCGCAAAGAAAUAAAAAAGGAAGAAGACCAAGCUUGGCGUCACUGUCAAGAACAUCCACCACCUCAUGAUGAUGAAGACUUUAACGACGAGGAUGAGGACUCCCAAAAUGUCUCGGUAUCGUGGAGGACGGAAUUAGAGAGCGAUAGUUAUGCUCAAGAGAACACGCUAGCAGACACACGACCGCUAAUCCGCUACACCAGUGAUGAAACGGAUGCAAACACGUUAGCCUCACAUGUGGAUGAGAGUGACAUCAGUGACGGUGAGCACGACGGGAAGACUGGAGAGACGGUUGGACCUGGUUGGAGUGAGAGCAAGGCAAAGAACUUUGGAACCAUGGAGGAUCUUUGUGAGGAAGUAGAAGAAGAGGUGCUAGAAUCAUCAUCUGGACUGAAGAAAGUGAGUGGGGUCCAUUUAGAAGAUCUACCAACCGAUGCGGAAGACGUGGAGCUUGAGACGGACAGACUUGUGGAGCAGGAAUUGGAGAACCUCUCCACAGACGGAUACGCGUCCCACUUUGCUCAAGCGCUGGCCAAUGAGAGGAAAGUUCUGCUGUCUGAAGAUGAUGAGGAGGAUCCUGAAUUGUUGACGAUGGUACAAAAAGUAAUUGCAGAAUCUGAUGUCCAAGUUGAGCGCAAGAAGGUCUUUCUGGAUUAUGUGCAGUGUGAGAGAGGGCAAGAGGUGGAAAAGGAGGAAGAAGUCAAGGAUGAAAUAAGAACGUUGGAAGGAGUCAUGAAAUCAGACAUUGAAGUGGAACGCGACCAGGAAUUUAAGGAAUCUGUGCAGCCUAAGGAAGAGGUGGAAGAGAAGGUCCAAGAUGAUAAAGAAGUCAUAAUUGAAUCUGCAAAUACAGAUGAAGAAGUGGAACAAAACCUGGAUUUGAUGGAACCUCAUUUGGACACUGUGGAUGAUGUGGAGAAGAUCCCAGAUGAAAUAAAAAGUAUAGAACAAGAAGAGCUCAACGAAGAAAACUUUUAUACAGAUCCUGAUGUCCAAGAAGAAGACAAUCUCAAAUUUGACGCCACCAUCCCGCCUCAUUCGGACACAACAGAUUAUAAAACAAAGAAAAUGGUGGGAGUAAAUCUAAAAUCACACAUGGAUUCUGAUCUCCAAACAAAAGACAACCUGGACCCUACGGAUUUUGGUCAGCUUCAGUUGGGCUCAAUGGAUGAUAAUCUGGAGAAGGUCAAGGAAGGACUGUUGAAACAAGAAGAGGUACAGGACAUGCACCUGCUCUCCUGCACUGAAUCUGAUCUCCAGGUGGAAAGCAAUCUGGAGCUGCAACCUCAGUUGGACACUCCAGAUUACGAGACAAAGAAGGUGGAAGUAAAUCUAAAAUCACACAUGGAUUCUGAUCUCCAAGCAAAAGACAACCUGGACCCCAUGGAUUUUGGUCAGCUUCAGUUGGACUCAACGGAUGAUAAUCUAGAGGAGGUCCAGGAAGGACUGUUGAAACAAGAAGAGGCACAGGAAGUGCACCUGUUGUCCUGCACUGAAUCUGAUCUCCAGGUGGAAAGCAAUCUGGAGCUCCAGCUUCAGUCUGACUCUCUAGAUGAUGACUCAUUGGAAGUUAUGAAGGAGAAAGAGGUCCAAGAUGAAAUGAUGACCACGGAACAAGAAGAAGCUGAUGAAGUCAACUCGCCAUCGUACACUGAUCUUGAUGUCCAAGUAGAAGACCUCAGAGAUUUCGUCCUACCUCAGGUGGACUCUCCGGAUGAUGAUCUCAGCAAGGUCCAGGAUGAAAUAUUGACUCAAGAAGAAGCACAGAAAGUUUACCUGUUGUCCUGCGAGGAAUCUGAGGUCCAAGAGAAACCCAAUCCUAACAUGCGGCCUCAGUCGGGCUCUCCAGAUAACAAGAAGAAAGACGAAGAUGAAUUAAUGACCGUGGGACAAGAAGAGACUAACAGAGUGAACUUGCCAUCCUGGACGGACCAUGUUGUCCAAGUAGAAGGAAAUCUUGACCUUGGAGCUCCUGUCCAGCCUCCAUUGGACUCUCUAGAUGUAAUUUUGACACAAGAAGUUGCCCCAAAGGUGAGCUUACCAGUCUGUAUAGAUGCUGAUGUCCAAUUUGAAGAAAAUCUAGAUGUCAGGGAUAUAAUUCGACCUCAGUUGGAGUCUCCGGAUGAUGAAAGAGUUAAAGACGGUUCAGAGUCUCCAGAGAAACAAGAGCUUGAUGUUUCAAUGGUGACUCAUGUGAGUGAGAGCUUUAGUGAGUUCCUCAGUGGGCCUUGCCUGGAAGAAGAACAAAAGCAUAUGGAGAUGCAACAGUCUGAACCUCAAAAUAAAGGUCUCCUCCAUCUGGAAGAAGAAUGGGCUGUCCUGGAGAACACCAUAGAAGAUGUUGAUGUUCAAUAUUCAGAAACCGAAGAAGAAUCUGUUGAUAGUCAAGUUGGCGAAGAAAGAGGUGAUGUCAAGGGUGCCGCCACAAUCGAAGAGGGACCUGUCAAGAUCUCCUUGAAAGAAACUGUCAUCUUUCCAGAGGAGGACUCCUCAACGAAAUUCCACCAAAGCAACGGCAAACACAAACGAGAUUUCUGGGCUUCGUCUUUGGAAGCGGCCGCUUACGGUUCAGACGUCAUCGCCACGGAAACAUCUGAGAUUCACGACGUGGAGUUCGGAGCAGAGCUUGACUGGGGGAAGGCUGUCAAUGGGAGUUCCGCCCACACAGGCACCGUCACAAAGGUGCAUUCUGAAGAUCUGGAAAUUAAGGGAGAACCCUGGUCUUCAGGGAAUGACUAA